AUGACCGAACCUCUCAAAGUAAUCGCCCUCAUCUCAGGCGGCAAAGACAGCAUCUACAGCCUGCUCCACUGUCUCCAGCACGGCCACCAGGUCGUCGCGCUCGCCAAUCUGUACCCCGCCCCGUCGUCCAAUGAGCUUGAGUACGAUCUGAACUCUUUCAUGUAUCAGACGGUGGGACAUACCGUUAUCCCGUUGUAUGCAAAGGCGUUGGGGAUUCCGCUGUAUCGCCAGGAGAUCACGGGGGGCGCGGUCGAGGAGGGCGUGGUGUAUGAGAUGAGGGAGGGCGAUGAGACGGAGUGUCUUGUGCCGUUGCUGCGGAGGGUGGUGAGGGAGACGGGGGCAAAUGCUGUGAGUACGGGGGCGAUUAUGAGUAGUUAUCAGAGAACGAGGGUGGAGUGUGUGGCGGGUAGGUUGGGGUUGACGGCGUUGGGGUAUCUGUGGCAGUUUCCUGUUGUGUCGGGGAGUGAGGGGGUGUUGUUGGGGGAUAUGGGUGAGGUGGGGUUGGAGGCGCGGAUUGUGAAGGUUGCGAGUGGCGGGUUGGAUGAGGGGUUUUUGUGGGAGAAUGUUGCGGAUGUGAGGGUGAGAAGACGGAUUGAGGGCGCGAUGAGGAGGUUUGGGAGUGAGGGGGAUGGGGCGGUAUUGGGUGAGGGUGGGGAGUUUGAGACGUUGGUGCUUGAUGGGCCGGACGGGUUGUUUAAGGGACGGAUUGUGGUUGAAGAGGAGGAUAGGGAAAUUGUUAGGGAGGGGGGUGGUGCGGCUUGGGUGAGGAUUAAGAGGGCGAGGGUGGAGAUGAAAGAUCAGUCAAGAAUUGAGGAGGUGAAAUGUCGGGUUCCUGACCUUUUGGAUCCGAAGUUCCGUGACAUUCUUGCUGAGCUUGAGGAGAUGAAGGAGGAUAGUCCUGGUUCUACAACUGUUGUAUCUUCUUCGGAAGCAAAACCAAUACAACUACAUACCACAACCCAAGAUCCAAAUACCCUUCACAUCGCCCUCACCCCAAACCCAUCAGCCUCCUCUAUCUCCAUCACAGGACAAACUCAAGAUCUCAUAUCCCAGAUCCAUACUCUCCUAACCAACCACAAAAUCUCCUCGACAUCAAUAACACACACCACAAUCCUCCUCCGCUCAAUCUCAGAUUUCACAACCAUAAACAAGCUCUACACAACCCUAUUCCCACACCCCAAUCCCCCCUCCCGCAUCACCAUCUCCCUCGGCCCUCUCCUCCCCAAAAACACACACCUCCAAAUCAACCUCACGCUCUCCAUUCACCCGCUCACCCACCGCAAAGCCUUACACGUGCAAUCCUGCUCGUACUGGGCACCCGCCAACAUCGGACCGUACUCGCAAGCCAUCUCUCUACCUCUUUCGCCUGGACGUGAACAGCGGGUCGUCACGAUUGCAGGGCAGAUCCCGUUGAUACCGGCGAGUAUGGAAUUAUCUGAGGACAAGGGGUUUGCCUUUGAUGCUGUGUUGGGAUUGCAGCAUUUGUGGCGGAUUGGAACGGAGGUGGGCGUGGGUUGGUGGGGGAGUGUGGUGGUGUUUUUACCGCGUGCGAAUUUUGAUUUUAAUGAGGAGAAUGCUAGGAUUGCGGCGAGAGCUUGGAAGUGUGUUCAUGCGCCUCCUGAUGGUGACGAGGAUGAGGAGGAUAUUGAUCUUUGGGAUCACAAACAUGAUUCUGUGAAUCAAACACACGGGGCUAGGAAAGGGGAGAGUGCGUUGCCGGAUUGGAAUGCAGUUGCAGGAUCCAAAGAGCCACCACCGUUUUUUGCAGCUGAGAUUGAGGAUUUACCGAGGGGUGCGGCGGUUGAGUGGUGUGUUAGUGCUGGGUUUACUACUUCUGAUUCUGCUGGUGUUGUAGUACAUGCUACCGUCUCUGGCAAAGGGUGGAGUAUCUAUCAGACUUCCAUCGCUAAUCAAAUGCACACCAUCCUCUCUUUUUAUUGGAGUGAAGAUGGAGCGGAGAUGGAUGAAGCGCUGGCGGAUGGGCGUCAGGUUUUGGGAUUGCAGGGGAGGGAUAUGGGCUGGAUUGGGGCUUACUUAGAUAAGGAGGUCAAGAAUUUUGAGAGUCAGGAUGGCUGGGUUAUACCGUGUAAUCGGAUCUGGGAUGGGAGACGGAGGAGGGUUGCGGGGGUGCUUGUUUGGGAGGGUGUUGUUAGUGAGUGA